AUGGCCACCGUCGAUGAAGCAAGCGUCAAGAUCGAGGAGAAUCCGAGAGGGAUUCCUAGAGCGCCUUUUGUACAAGACGUCGAAAAACACAUCGGAGGUCCAGAAGCGGAAGUGGAAUCAAGCAUUAAACAAUUUCAAGAGGCCAUUGCCAAGUACAAGUACAUGGAAUCAAACCUCUCUCAACGACGAAAGGGGCUAGAGGAAAAGAUUCCAGAUAUCAAGAAAACACUUGCGAUGGGUGACGGCAUAGACGAUCCAAUGACAACCACAUUUGAACUCAACGAUACAUUGUGGGCAGAAGCAUCCAUCGAGCAAAUAGAUGAGGUGUACCUGUGGCUGGGAGCAAACGUGAUGCUUGCGUAUCCGAUCCAAGAGGCAAUAACCCUUCUCACAGCCAAACUCCAAGCUGCUCAGAGAAAUCACAAAGGCAUAGUUGAUGACCUCGAGUUUCUUCGCGAGCAGAUCACAAUCAUGGAAGUCAAUACUGCACGUGUUUACAACUACGACGUGCGAAGGCGGCGAGAGAAGAAGGCGAGCGAAGACAAGUAG